UAAAAAAUAAAUAUAAUGGGACUAACGGAUUGGGCCUGGCCCAUGUGGCAGGGUUGUUCUUAUAACUCCGAAACCCUAGCAUUUUUUGAUUCCACUCCACUUCAGUUCCGUUUUCAUCUCGGCGGUGAACGCGCAGCGGCGACUGUAAUGGGUGCCUACACUUACGUUUCUGAGCUAUGGAAGAAGAAGCAAUCCGAUGUGAUGCGGUUUUUGCUUAGGGUUCGCUGUUGGGAGUACCGUCAGCUUCCCGCUGUUGUACGUGUCACCCACCCCACUCGCCCCGACAAGGCCCGCCGCCUCGGCUACAAGGCCAAGCAGGGGUAUGUGGUGUACCGUGUGCGUGUUAGACGUGGUGGAAGGAAGAGGCCAGUUCCCAAGGGUAUUGUGUAUGGUAAGCCCACUAACCAGGGAGUUACUCAGCUCAAGUUCCAGCGCAGCAAGCGCUCGGUCGCUGAGGAACGUGCUGGAAGGAAACUGGCUGGUCUUAGGGUUCUUAACUCUUACUGGAUCAACGAGGAUUCGACUUACAAGUACUUUGAGGUGAUUCUGGUCGAUCCAGCGCAUACAACUGUGCGCAAUGACCCAAGAAUCAACUGGAUCUGCAAUCCAGUUCACAAACACAGAGAGCUUCGCGGGCUCACUUCGGCUGGAAAGAAAUACAGAGGACUUAGGGGCAGAGGUCACUUGCACCACAAAGCACGUCCUUCAAGAAGGGCUACCUGGAAGAGGAACCAGACCCUCUCUCUUCGUCGUUAUCGUUAAUCUUCAUAAUUUUGCUAUUACCUAUUUUACAUUUUUAAAACAUGUCUCUGUGUGUCUGCUCUAGGUUCUUGUUUUCUAAAAUAUUAUGCUAUAUUUUCUGGAUUAAGGAUAUUAUUAUCUUGCAAUGACUGUUGUUUAUGCCCUGGUAAUUUUGUUCUUUUUUUGUUUCCUAAAUGUACCAACUUAUUUUCUUGUUGUUACUGAAUUUAUUUUUUCUC